UUGGGGUUUGGGCCUCUAUUUCCAAGGCAAGUGGGGGUUUGGGAGGUGCUGGUUUUUGGGGGAGUUUUGACCAGGUCUCUCCUUCCAAAAAAUGAGCCACCUUAGUCCCCAGCUCUCUCGGGGGAGGAGGGGCCCAGGAAAAGUGGUACUGCAAUCUUCUGCAAAGGGGUCAUAGCAUGCACAAGAAAUGAGGAGGAGUAGGUUGGAGGAACUGAAAUUCUUGGAGGGAAGAUGCAGAAAUCAAGUCCUUGAUCUUGGGAUAGAGCCCCUCCAGGACCCCCGACGCCGCCGAGGCGCCCCGCGACGCGCGGCGGGUGGCGGCUGCCCGGGCCCCGGGCGCCGCUCUCCAGGCGCCCGCCCCGCUCGCCCUGACGCGGCCGCCAUGGCGCAGGAGAACGCGGCCUUCUCGCCCGGGCCGGAGGAGCCGCCGCGGCGCCGCGGCCGCCAGCGCUACGUGGAGAAGGACGGCCGGUGCAACGUGCAGCAGGGCAACGUGCGCGAGACGUACCGCUACCUGACCGACCUGUUCACCACGCUGGUGGACCUGCAGUGGCGCCUCAGCCUGCUCUUCUUCGUGCUGGCCUACGCGCUCACCUGGCUCUUCUUCGGCGCCAUCUGGUGGCUCAUCGCCUACGGCCGCGGCGACCUGGAGCACCUGGAGGACACCGCGUGGACGCCGUGCGUCAACAACCUCAACGGCUUCGUGGCCGCCUUCCUCUUCUCCAUCGAGACGGAGACCACCAUCGGCUACGGGCACCGCGUCAUCACCGACCAGUGCCCCGAGGGCAUCGUGCUGCUGCUGCUGCAGGCCAUCCUGGGCUCCAUGGUGAACGCCUUCAUGGUGGGCUGCAUGUUCGUCAAGAUCUCGCAGCCCAACAAGCGCGCCGCCACGCUGGUCUUCUCCUCGCACGCCGUGGUGUCGCUGCGCGACGGGCGCCUCUGCCUCAUGUUCCGCGUGGGCGACCUGCGCUCCUCGCACAUCGUGGAGGCCUCCAUCCGCGCCAAGCUCAUCCGCUCGCGCCAGACGCUGGAGGGCGAGUUCAUCCCGCUGCACCAGACCGACCUCAGCGUGGGCUUCGACACGGGCGACGACCGCCUCUUCCUCGUCUCGCCGCUGGUCAUCAGCCACGAGAUCGACGCCGCCAGCCCCUUCUGGGAGGCGUCGCGCCGCGCCCUCGAGAGGGACGACUUCGAGAUCGUCGUCAUCCUCGAGGGCAUGGUGGAGGCCACGGGAAUGACAUGCCAAGCUCGGAGCUCCUACCUGGUAGACGAGGUGCUGUGGGGCCACCGCUUCACGUCAGUGCUGACCCUGGAGGACGGCUUCUAUGAGGUGGACUAUGCCAGCUUUCAUGAGACCUUUGAGGUGCCCACACCUUCGUGCAGUGCUCGAGAGCUGGCAGAGGCUGCAGCCCGCCUUGAUGCCCAUCUCUACUGGUCCAUCCCCAGCCGCCUGGAUGAGAAGGUGGAGGAGGAAGGGGCAGGGGAGGGGGCGGGGGGGGAAGCUGGGGCUGACAAGGAGCAGAAUGGCUGCCUGCCACCCCCAGAGACUGAGUCCAAGGUGUGACCAGCUUCCUCUGAACCACUGUGGCAGACCAGGGGCCAGACACAGGUACAUGGGGAACUGCAUCUCAGAGGUGGAGGAGAAGGAGGAGGUAGGCAAAGCCCCUGGAAAUGUGCUAAAGUUGGAAAGUCCCCGCCCCCCAGAACCUCAAGUCUAGGAUCUAGUAUGGAAGGGAGGGGUCCUGAUUUCAGGGAAAUGGAGGGUGGGGCCAGGUGAACUUACCAGUCUGUGUUUGACCUUCGCAUUUGUUCAUGAGUGGAUGGAUGGACAGAAGGAUGGACUUUUGGGGGUUGGAUGGGAAGAUGGUGGCGGAUAAAGACAGCUGAUAGAUACAUACAUGGACCAAUAGACAGUUGGUCCACUCAGGGCUGCCACUAACUGGUAGAACACCUCUGUGCAAAUUUUUAAAAGGCACCCUUUUCCUCCAGACAGAUACAGCCCCAAACCAGGGUGCAUGGCCUGGGGAGCAGAGUGUAGGAUGGAUUGCAGUCCCUGCUCACCUCUUCUGCCAGCCUCCCCACACAUGGCACAACUGUCCAGCGACAGGGUAGGCCAAGCUGAAGCGAAGGAGAAAGGAGCUGGAGCAAGAUGGCCACGUGAGGAGGGUGCCCUUCCAGCUCCACCCUCACCGGGACGAAGGGUUGCAAGGGGGCUCAGCAAGGUGCAAAUGACCUUAGUCCUCAGGUUCAGGGAAGCAGGCAGAGGGGGUAGAUGCCUGAGCUGGGGCCCUGGACAAAGGCCUGGGAAAGAAAAACCAGGGGUGGCUAUAUUCUGACAGUGGAGUGAGAUCUUACAGGUAUCCCACACAAGCAGGAAGAGAGAGAGAGUUUCUGAGGAGGAAGGGCCAGGAGAGAGAUCUGGAAAGUGGGUUCACUAGAGCUGGGAUGCAGGGAGCCCCUGGGAAAGCAGUUUGGUUCUGGGGCACAGUCAUUCACAUCACUGAUUGGGUGCCAUGUGGGGUGGACAUUCAAAAACCUGGUUCCUGUCCUCAAAAUAAGGGGCACCUGCGAAAUCAGAGGAAUCUACCUGUGGCAGCUGAACAAGGGAUAAUUCAAACUGACCACCUGUGCAGUUGCGCGGAAGGUGGGAGAGUGUGGGUGACUGUGGGUGAUCAGAAGGCUGGGGCCGGUGUAAGGCGUAGGGAAUACGUAAGUCAGCAGUUAGAAACCUUCAGUGUGCAUCGGAGUGAACCGGAGGGCUUGUUAAAACACCAGUUUUUGGACUCCACUCCCAGGGAUUCUAACUCAAUAGGUGGGGACCCAAAAUUUUCAUUUCUAAGAAGUCCCCAGGGUCAUGCUGCUGCUGCUGCUGUACUGGGGACCACACUUUGAGAACCUGGGCUCUAAGCAAAGACUUGGAGGUCAUAGCAGGAGACGGGGCAUGGAAGCUGAAGAGAAGCCGAGAAGAAGCUGAGGAUCCUCACAGGAGCAGACAGAGACAUGUGGAGGGUGGGGUUUGACAUGUGGGAAAGGGGCCCUAAGUCUAGGCUGAAGAGUUUAACUUUGGGCCCAGGAACUCAGCCAUCAGUGGAAACAGGGCAGCAACAAGUAGAAGGGGUGUCUGGAAGCUGAGCAGGCCAGACAGAGAGAUGAAGCCAUCAGAAGGACUUGAGGGGAUUCCUGGGGAGGUUGGGGGAGGGGGAGAGGUGGAGCAGGAAGGGUUUUGGGGGCAAAGGACAGAACCCCUUGUAGGGCUAAAGGCAGGAUUGAAUGUGGGAGAAAAUCUGAGAGAAGCGAUAGGAAUCGGAACAUCUGGAGGUGACUGCAGCCUGCUGUCAGCCCAGCUGGGCCAAGGGGUCCCAAAGAUGCAUAUUCUCACCCCACCUCCACCUGCCUCCUGGUCGCAUCCCAGUCACCAGCGCAGCUUCCUGGAUGGUGAGGGAGAACAAUGGCAAGAUGAGAGGGGCAGAGGGGACCUGAAGCUGGUGCCCUGGAGAAAAGCAUAGGCCGAGGAGAGCCCACCCUGGGACAGCACCGCCUCCCACGCAGCAGCUCUGGCCCAGAAAGGACCUCCUCCCUUAGCCCUGACCACACUCCACUCCUGCCCUUUCAGAAGUCUAAGUCCCCUGGGGAAAGCACUCCAGUCUUCUCUGUUCCAGGUUGGGCAGCCGGGGUCCUAUGAGGCACAGCCACGGUCCUGUGGGUCCUCUGGAAGCAAGAAAGGGGGCCAAGGAGGGAGCCUAGGCAGCUUGGGUGACUCAGAAAGGACCCAAGUCCCAGUCUCUUCCUUUCAGUCAAAGCAUGGACAUCUUUGCCUCAGGUGACAGGGCCACCGGGGUCCCGUCAUCAAAGAUGAGAUUCCUGAACCCUGGCAUCAGCUGGUCCCCUAAGAACAGACGUUGGAGUGGGAAAUGGGAUUCAUUUGGGUUUCAGUAAAACAGGGGAGUCUGGACAAGACAGGGUGGGCUACUUUGUAUCCACAUACACGCACUCACACAGAAGCCAACCCACUGCAAUUGGACAAGCAAAGAAACUGAGGCUGGAAAGGCCCCUCCUGCCCCCUGAAGUCACAGAGACCCUGCCACACCUCUCCUUGCCACUGUCACCACUCAGGGCACCACUGUAUAGUGUGACAAGUCAGGAGACCUAGGUCCCAGUCCUGACACUGUCACUAAUUAGCUCUAUGACUCUGGGCAAAUCACAUCUCUGGGCCUCAGUUUCCUCAUCUGUAAAAAUAACACUUAGCAAACUCGUAAUGCUCAAUAAAUGUUUAAAUAACAA